AUGCCUACUAGAUACCCCCGAGGGUCCUUGACCAAACGCAGGGAACGUACCUCGAGCAAAAGUGCAAGUGACUCUGAUUUUGAUUCUGAUUCUUACUUAGAUGACAACACUAGCAGAUCUCCUCUUGAAACCCAUGGCUCAUGGAUUGCAGACUUUCAAUUAACUCAAAUAAUUGCUUAUAAUGCCAAACUCAUCGUCCCAAGAAGUGUAUCUGCAAUUCCAUCAUUAUAUAAGGAUAUCACCUACAAUGCUACCAGAAAGGAAGGGGACACUACCCGCAAGGGCGCCAAUUACCAAAAUGCUGACGUUGACAAGAUAUACCAUGAAUAUAUGGUAUAUUGUGAUCUGGUUCGUCGACACGCGGAGGACGCAAUGAUACUCACAAAUGCAGUGAUAGAGGAUUUGAUCGAACUCAUUUCUGAUAUUAAACCCGUCAGAACUUUCCAUUUUAGAAUAUGGAUAAGCCAUCAGUCCUAUUGGGCAUCUCUGUUCAAGCAGCCAAUAAGAUCAAAAUUGACCAGAAAAAUAUUCAUCGAAUAUCUGAAAGGGUUAAGAGAAGAAUACAUGUUGCCCCAGUCAAAUUUGUAUCCCGGAAAAUCCGUGGGGCUACGUAAAGUUAUCGAGACAGGCAAAGAACUGUUGCCCGAACUUCAAGCGGCCAACGAUGCCAGUCGAGCGCUACGAUUCACAAUAGAGUUUGGCAUUUAUAAAGUCUUGACAAACCGAAAUCUAACAAAUCCUGACUUUGUACCCCGCUCAGAGAUUCAAAGAAUACUUUCAUUUAUACAGCGCUCAAACGACAAAUCUGAAAAGGGACAUAGUAAUGAUACAAUCGGUUAUAUGACCCAUUGGCUCGACAAUGAAUUUGCGGCCGGUGAAAACGUGCGUGAAGUGGAGAUGCCCAAGUCGGUUCACCAGUUCCAGAAAACGCUAGUCGACAUUUCGGAACAGGUUUCAGAACUCAUCGAUGAUUGUCGGGAUGAGAGGAGUGGAAUUCAAGAAUUUUCCAUUAACGAUAUGUUACAUCGAUGCGAUAGAGAAGGCACUCAGAAAUCUGGCCUUUCAUCAUAA